ACUGGCCAGUACUACGUCACGGCAGCUCUUUAUGCAGCCAUUGUGCAAGCGGGUCACUCCGAGUUCACGCAUUCGCAAACACUGUAUAAGCAUUGGUCACUGACAGCGCGUCAGUUUGGCUGACCAGUGUUGGAGUGGAGAGAUCCGGGACAGCGUCCGUCUGCCGCUACAGCUUGGAUACUGUUAGAUUGUGUUCUACCUGGAUAGCUACCCCUUUCCCCUUGCACUCGGAUACCUCGGCACCGCACACAUUAAUAUACAUGAGCCAUGGCCGACACAGCCCUCGACCUGAGCAAACCGUCCCUGCCUCCACCCACAGAGCGCGUGGCCCCCCUCCCCCCCUCCCUGCCGUCCCUGCCCCCCGACAUCAGCAGCGACUCCGGCCGGGCGUCUACGUCUUCCACCAGCUCCAAUGACGAGCUACGCCAACAUCUUCCCGACCCCGAGCCCAAGGGCCGGGAAAGUCCCGUUGAUGUGAAACCCCCGCUGAUGUCCCCGUCUCCGUCGGUGGACAGCGCCAGUAUGUCUGAGGACGACGACCUUGACAAGUCAGACAGAGUUGCUCCAAUCCGGCCAUUCAAGAUGUACCCGAUGGACGCCUACUCCAUGUCGGGUAGCCCCAUGGCUGGGAUGUCGGGGAUGGGAGGCCUCAGCCCAACUACCGCCGCCGCUGCCGCUGCCGCCGCCGGUCUCAGCCCCUCCCUCGGUGUGCCGUCCAUGAUGGACCCGUCAUCUGUGUCGCCCUUUGCUAUGACGCCGAUGACGUCACACUUGCUACAACGGAAACGAAGGGCAGAGAACCGCAUACAGAUUCUGGAAGAUGCAAAGAAAACAAUACCGGUACCGGAAGAGCGAAAGGAUGAUGCAUACUGGGAGCGGCGGCGGAAGAACAACGAGGCUGCCAAGCGGUCACGUGAUGCACGGCGGAUGAAGGAGGAAGAAAUUGCAAUGAGAGCUGCCUACCUCGAACAGGAAAAUCUCAAACUCAGGGCGCAGGUUGCCAUCUUAAAGAACGAGACAGCAAAACUGCACUAUAUGUUAUACAACAGAAUGUGAUGCGGGAAACUAAGGACUUCCGCUAUCUCAGGGAAACAAACUGUCACGCCCCGCGCCAAGCACGAUAGUGAUGCCCAUGGGCCACGCCCUGCACGUGAAAGAGACACGCAAAGGCAGGGGGCGGAGACACCACCGAGUGAGUGAGUGAGUGAACGCGUCCAGCGCGGAUGUGUGCCGGUGACUAGAACACGAAUCUCAAGUCACGUGACACAGUGCACGUGCAUAUGUGUGUAUAUUUUUGUACAGACUCAUGUUUCUAGAUCAGCGACUCAGGUUGUGGCGGUGCUGUCUGGCGGUGGAGAGGCCGCCGUGCCGGCUGCUGUGACUAAACACUACUACCUCAUGGAUAAGCUUGAAGCCCCUCUCUCGAGGCAUUCUGUUAUGUUUCGUAUUCUUUCUAGCUAGGUACAAACUGUUUUUACUUGGAAAAUGUGAUGAAGAUUAUAUUUACAUGAGUGUAAGUGCUAUCAUUAGAUGAUACUGUCGACGAUGACGUCCCAGAGCGGACGUAGAUAUGGUUGUCGCAGGAGCGAGUUCUAUCUAUACAGCGUGUAAGUGCUAUCAUAGGCCCGGCAGACAUAGUAGCUAGACUAGAAGCCCAGAUGUUUCUCUCUUAUAUAUCAUUAUUACUAUUUUUAUUGCUAUUAUUAUUAUUUGGAUUAUAUAUUGUCGCUGCUUCUCCCUCCAUCAGCCUGUGCAUUACUUGGUGCAGCUGCACUGUGAGCUGACCAAGGCAGAGUAUUUUGUCAUCUACACAUUUGUAUGAAUAAACAAUACAGAAAGA